UUGCCAACUUCAUUGUGUAACUGACAAUCUUUACCAAAUCACCAAACCAAGAUCUAUAGAUAUAUAGCUAGCUAGCUAUACGUCGUAGUCUACCUAGCUAGCUGGUGAAAUGAACAUACACACUGCUGCCAAGGUUGGUGAUUUGAGUGAUGUGCGAAAUGCCAUCAAGAGGGGAGAUGAUGUCAACAGUGUGGAUAAAUAUGGGUGGACUCCACUCCGGUGGGCAGCCAAUAGAGGUCACACUGACUGUGUGAGAGAGCUGCUUUCAUAUGGAGCCAUUGUGGACCUGGCUGACAAGGAUGGGUGGACUCCACUCCGGUGGGCAGUCAGUGAAGCUCGCACUGACUGUGUUAGAGAGCUGCUUUCCUAUGGAGCCUUGGUGGACCUGGCUAACAAGGAUGGGUGUACUCCACUCCGGUGGGCCGCCUACCUAGGUCACACUGACUGCAUUAGAGAGCUGCUCUCUUAUGGAGCCGUGGUGGACCUGGCUAACGAGGUUGGGCAUACUCGUGCACUCUGGUGGGCAGCCAGUGAAGGUCACACUGACUGUGUCAGAGAGCUAUUCUCCUAUGGAGCCGUGGUGGAUUUGGCUGACAAGGAUGGGCACACUCCACUCAUGAUGGCAGCCUGCUAUGGAUAUGAAGAUACUGUCAAGGAGCUUCUCUCAUUGGGGGCUUCAGUUAACAUCAUUAAUAGAGAUGGAGAGACUGCUCUGAUGGUGGCCAAUAAAUCAGAUCGCUCUAACCAACCAACAAUUAAGCUUCUAGAAGAAGCUGAAUCACAUCCACGUCUGCAGUCUGUUCAGGUUCUCCCCAAAAACUGGACUGCUGUCACUGACGCAGAAACGGAGAAGCCAGUCUACCGGAACAAUGCAACAAGGGAAACCCUUUCCACACCACCUGGAUAUCCCUUGCACCAAAUCUCCGCACACCCUGAUGUCAUUUUCUAUGGCGAGCCUCAAAAGAAGGUGUUCACCCCCAGUGGUGGACAUGCCGACUUCGACAAUGGAGUUGAAGUGACUGUUCCAGCUAAUGCUGUCUCAGCAGGAACCUCUGUGGGCAUUAAAGUCCAACCCAGCCUUGCCUCCAGAGAUGUGUUUUUGAUGCCUGAAGGCAUUCAAUCUGCAAGUCCAUCUUACUUGAUCUCUGGUGAAGGUCUAAACGGAGAAGUGACCCUGAGCAUGGAGCAUCAUGUACGAGUGUCCACCCAAGAAGAAGCUGAUGACCUCCUCUUUCUCCAAGCUGACUCGUACCCCAAGAGAUCUGGAUCAAAGAGUGUGUAUGAGUACCAGAGGGUACAAGAGGGCAGGUCAGAGUUCACUCUAGGGGGGAACACAGGGAGACUGACCAGAUGUCUGUCAAAGAAGCAGUUCUUUAAAGUUGGUCAUCAAGCUCGUGUUGGAGGCCGGGAUGCUGCCAGCCAGUCUGAUGACCCCACAGAACCUGAGAGUCCUAACCUCUAUACUGUCAGAGUUUACCAGUCUCCUCCACAGACAGUUGGGGACAGAAUAGCCAUCAUUGCAGUCUGUCUCUUUGGGAGCUUCUACGCUAAGUUUCUGGAGAAACUUGAUAAAGUGGUAAUCCCACGAGACUAUCCUGAGGUGUCUUCAAAGUCAAUUUACAGGACGACUCAAGGAUCACUGAAGUUUAUUGAUAUGUGUGCCACUCUCAGCAUUCACCCAGUGCAGGGAUGGUCUGUGGAACCAGACAAGGAAUUGAUCUCGCGUAGUGAAGUGGAUCAACCUGGGAUGGAGAAGUUCAGAGCCGAUUAUCUCCACGACUACCCUCCCAGGAUAAUCUGCAGGUUCUUCCCUGAGGAGAAUGCUCCCAAGAGAACCAUCUGUACCAUCUCCUUGUCUGGACUGCUUCCCCAGGUCAAAGUUCACUUAUCAUUGAAAGCACCCAUCCCUACAAUUACUGUGGAUACUACUAAACUACAGGAGGCCACUGAUGAGUUGAGAAGGUCUGCCCUGGCAGUGAGUGACACACAACUUGGCUUUACUGUGCAUAGUGUACAUGUAGUGUCUCUGAUGGAGAGAAUGACUACUUCUCUGAGGUCAUCUUCUCUGAGCGAGCUGGCAGCCCACACUGAUUCCAUACAGACAGAGAUAGCGUCUGUCCUUGUAGUAACCAAGAGGGUUGUCGAGGAGUGCACAGUACAGAGCAUCAGUGAGAACAUUGAAGCCGGUCUCUCUAAGAUGGAAGCUUUAUCUCACCAGCUUUGUCUGGUAACCAAGGUCAAACUCAGACACUGUCAAAACCAAUUAGAGGAGACAGCUGCUCUUGUUGACCUGGUGGAAAAUGGAGCUAAUCUGUUGAGAGCUGUAGACUGUCUACUCAGGGACAUUCAUACACUCAGUGGAGUCAGUGGUAACUCUGGCUACAGUGUGCUGGUGAGCUGCAGUGAGAAGAUGGUCCAGUCACUCUCCCAAGAACCCAAAGCUGUAGCUGUUUAUUUGCUAUCAGUCGGACUCAUCACUGAGCGUGUAUUGCAAGAAACUAACCAGCUAAACGAGAUUAAUGCUGACAAAGCCACCAGACUGUACACGGCCCUGCUGGGUGUGGUCAAACACCACCCCCACAAGUACCACGAGUUUGUCUCCACUCUCAGACUCAACCCACUACACACUGACUUGGUCAGAGAAUUAGAUAGCAAGUACAUGUAUAGUUUGUCAACAACAUAACUAUGUACGUACAUGACAUUAUGUCGUGGAUAUUGUUCAUUUCUUUUGUUUAUGCGC